CUCUCUCUCUCUCUCUCUGGUUUAAGAGUUCAAGCCAUUGGCAUAUGAACCCUAAUUUCCCUCUCUUCAAACUUUGAACACUUCAUACCUCUCUCUUUCUCUUCAUCUUUCUUCCUUGCCCCAAACACACACACACACUCACUCUUCACAAUUUCAAACCCUCAUUUCAACAAUAACCCUUUACUAUAUACCAUUUUUCUCUCCCUUCAAUAACCCCUUCCAAUUAGGGCGAAGAAAAUAACACCAAGACCCUUUCUCAACUCAAAAAAACGACCACCGCCGAUUCUGGCUUCUCCGAACGAAAGAACGAACGAACAAACGACCAGCGUUUCGACCUUUCGACCACUACUCAGUGAGAGAGAGAUAGCAGACCAUGGCAGACCAUCGAAAUGGAAGUAGCCAAGCUACCAACGGAAAGGCCAAUGCGGCAAGCACUGCCUAUUCAAUUGAUUUGAAUGCAUUUCAAACCAGACUGAGGACAUUUUAUUCCCAUUGGGAUGAACACAAAACAGAUCUCUGGGGCUCUUCUGAUGCAAUUGGUGUUGCAUGUCCUCCACCUUCAGAAGACCUGCGAUACCUGAAAUCUACUGCUCUGAACUUAUGGCUACUUGGAUUUGAGUUCCCGGAGACGAUUAUGGUCUUCAUGAAGAAGCAAAUCCACAUGCUCUGCAGCCAAAAGAAGGCUUCUAUUCUUGAAUCCGUCAAAAAACCUGCCAAAGAGGCAGUUGGUGUGGAUCUUAUUUUGCAUGUCAAGCCUAAAAAUGAUGAUGGAACUGCUUUGAUGGAUUCUAUAUUCCGUGCCAUCCGUGCUCAGUCAAAGGCUGAUGGCCAUGAUGCUUCCAAUGUUGGAUACAUAUCAAGAGAGGCUCCUGAGGGGAAACUGCUUGAAGUAUGGGCUGAUAAAUUAAAAAAUACAAAGUUUAAUCUGAAAGAUGUGACCAAUGGGUUGUCUUCAUUGUUUGCUGUAAAGAGUAAUGAGGAGCUUACAUCAAUUAAGAGAGCAGCAUACCUGACAAGCAGUGUGAUGAAAAACUUUGUGGUUUCAAAGCUUGAGAAUGUAAUUGAUGAAGAGAAGAAAGUUUCUCAUUCUACGUUGAUGGAGGAUACUGAGAAAGUUAUACUGGAACCAUCAAAAGUUAACUGUAAACUGAAGGCAGAGAAUGUUGAUAUUUGUUACCCUCCAAUUUUUCAGAGUGGGGGAGAAUUUGAUCUCAGGCCUAGUGCGGUCAGCAAUGAUGAGUUACUUCAUUAUGACUCUGCCAGCGUGAUUAUAUGUGCAGUUGGAGCCCGGUAUAAGAGUUACUGCUCAAACAUAGCUAGGACCUUCUUGAUUGAUGCAGACCCUCUUCAAAGUAAGGCUUAUGAGGUUCUUCUGAAAGCCCAUGAAACUGUCAUCGGUUCUUUGAAGCCUGGAAACAAGUUGAGUGCUGUAUACCAAGCUGCAGUUUCUGUGGUAGAAAAGGAUGCUCCUGACUUGAUUUCCUACUUGACAAAGUCUGCUGGGACAGGCAUCGGUAUUGAGUUUCGAGAGUCAAGUAUGAAUAUUAAUGCUAAAAGUGAGCAGAUACUAAAAGAAGGCAUGGUCUUCAAUGUCUCAAUUGGAUUUCAGAACUUGCAGAGGGAGAGCAGCAAGACUAAGAGCAAGCACUUCUCUCUGUUGCUUGCUGACACGGUCAUCAUCAACAAGGACAAGACAGAAGUUGUGACUUCUAUGAGCUCAAAAGCUCUGAAGGAUGUGGCUUAUUCUUUCAAUGAGGAUGAGGAAGAGGAAAAGCCCAGUGCAAAAGUUGAUGCCAAUGGUGCUGAGCCCUUAAUGUCUAAGACCACUCUAAGGUCAGAUAAUCAUGAGAUUUCAAAGGAGGAACUCAGAAGACAGCAUCAGGCUGAGCUUGCUCGUCAGAAAAAUGAAGAAACAGCAAGGAGGCUUGCUGGUGGUGGAAAUGAGAACGGGGACAACCGUUCCUCCUCGAGGACUUCUGCAGAUCUUAUGGCCUACAAGAACAUAAAUGACCUUCCUCCUCCCAGAGAGAUGAUGAUUCAGAUUGAUCAAAAGAAUGAAGCAGUUCUCUUGCCUAUAAAUGGAAGCAUGGUACCUUUUCAUGUAGCUUUCAUUCGAACUGUUUCCAGUCAGCAGGAAACAAAAAACAAUUGCUAUAUCAGAAUUAUUUUUAAUGUUCCUGGGACCCCUUUCAGUCCUCAUGAUUCAAGCUCAAUGAAGUUCCAAGGAUCUAUAUAUUUGAAGGAGGCUUCAUUCCGCUCCAAGGAUCCAAGGCACAUAAGUGAGGUUGUGCAGUCCAUUAAAACGCUCAGGCGACAAGUUGUCGCUAGGGAGUCUGAGAGAGCUGAGAGGGCAACCUUGGUUACUCAGGAGAAACUGCAGCUUGCGAAUAAUAGAUUUAAGCCAAUAAGAUUGUCUGACCUUUGGAUCCGCCCUCCUUUCGGUGGGCGUGGAAGGAAGAUACCCGGUACACUUGAGGCUCAUGUGAAUGGAUUUCGUUAUUCUACCACCAGGCAUGAUGAGCGUGUGGACAUAUUGUUUGGCAACAUUAAGCAUGCAUUUUUUCAGCCAGCAGAGAAUGAAAUGAUUACACUUCUUCACUUUCAUCUGCACAACCAUAUUAUGGUAGGAAACAAAAAGACCAAGGAUGUUCAGUUUUAUGUUGAGGUAAUGGACAUGGUCCAGAAUGUUGGAGGUGGAAAGAGAUCAGCCUAUGACCCUGAUGAGCUUGAAGAAGAACAACGAGAGAGAGAUAGGAAGAAUAAAAUUAAUGUAGAAUUUCAAAGCUUUGUGAAUCGGGUGAAUGAUCUUUGGGGACAAGCGCAAUUCAGUGGCCUUGAUCUGGAGUUUGAUCAACCUCUGAGAGAACUUGGAUUCCCUGGUGUACCUCAUAAAUCUUCUGUAUUUAUUGUUCCUACUUCAGCCUGCCUUGUCGAACUGAUAGAGACCCCUUUCCUUGUUGUCACACUAAGUGAGAUAGAGAUUGUGAAUCUAGAGAGAGUUGGGCUUGGGCAGAAGAACUUUGAUAUGACAAUAGUGUUUAAGGACUUCAAGCGGGAUGUCCUCAGGAUUGAUUCUAUUCCUUCUACAUCACUGGAUGGCAUCAAGGAGUGGCUUGACACGACGGACAUCAAGUAUUAUGAGAGCAGGCUGAAUCUGAACUGGCGUCAGAUCCUAAAGACAAUCACGGACGACCCUCAAAGCUUUAUUGAAGGUGGUGGUUGGGAGUUUCUGAAUUUGGAAGCUACUGAUUCAGAUUCUGAAAACUCUGAGGAGUCAGACAAAGGUUACGAACCAUCGGAUGUGGAACCUGAAUCCGAGUCAGAGGAGGAAGCUUCUGACAGUGAAUCACUUGUUGAGUCUGAAGAUGAUGAGGAGGAAGAGGAUGAUGAGGUGGAUUCAGAAGAAGAGAAGGGAAAGACGUGGGAAGAACUGGAGAGGGAAGCAAGCAAUGCAGAUAGGGAGAAAGGGAAUGAAUCUGACAGCGAAGAAGAAAGGAAAAGAAGGAAGGCGAAAACUUUUGGUAAGUCACGUCCCAGUCUAAGUAGUAGCAUGCCAAAGCGGGCCAAGUUAAGAUAGAUUUUGGUUUUCCUUGGUCAUUUUGCUGUUUAGUGCAGUUGCUUUAUGUUAUUGCUGCGGUUAGCAGCUUUUGUGUUUGGUGUUGCCGUAUGAUUGUAAUUUAGGUUUUCCUUUCCAUUAUAUAGUUCAGCAUCUAUAGGAAUCCUUGAACCCAAUGUACGCCCUUGAAAUGUUUACGUGGUUAUCCCUUUUAACAAA